AGGAAUUUCAACAACCCAGACAGAGGAGCCUGAAGGGAGGGAGUUGUUUACAGGUGCAACCAAAGUACAGAGAAGGGGACGUUUUCUUUGCCCACCUAUUUCUCUGUGUUGGAUUCAGUGUGCUGUGGACACAGAGGAAACAGAGAACUAUGUGGAAAGCAGCAGUGUUUGUGUUCCUGCUGCUAAACAUGGAUCUGCAGGUGAAUGGUGCUGUAGAAAAGACAAGGGGGUCUGUGGCAGAGAACUCCAGGCCAGAGAAGAAGGUGAAGACAGAAGAGACUGAAGCCACAAACGCCAUUCCUGCAAGUCACACUGCUCCUUCAGGUUUCUUGGGAAACUUGCUAGUGGUACCUAUGGAUGGGAGCCACUGGGUGGGUAUAAAGGCUGUUGUCCAAGAAAUGGGUCGCCGUGGACACCGGGUCACUGUGGUGAUACCAGAGGUCAGCAUACGGAUGGGUCCAGGGAAACACUACGACACUGUGACCUAUCCUGUUCCUUAUGACAAGGCUUAUAUUGAUUCUGUCAUAUCCACACACAAGGAUGUAUUGCAAAAAUCUGCACAGUCUUUCACGGACAAGAUAAGGAAACGAUUCACACAGAUCCAGAGAAUUACAGGCUUCAUCCACACUACUGCUGAGAGCCUGCUGUUCAAUGCCAGUCUCAUCUCACAUCUGGCACAGCAGAAGUUUGAUGCCGUCUUAACAGACCCCAUGGUGCCCACAGGCUCGUUAAUAGCUCGGAAAUUAGGUAUCCCGACUAUUAAUUUGCUGAGGGGAAUUCCAUGUUCCUUGGAUAUGAAGUCUGCAGGCUGCCCCUCCCCGCCCUCAUAUGUGCCUCGCUUCUUCACCGGAUACACAGACAGAAUGAGCUUCAAGGAGAGAGCUUUCAACACUUUGGUGGCUUUACUGGAGCCGCUGCUAUGCCGACUGCUGUAUUGGCACUUUGACCACAUAGCCUAUCAGUUCCUGGGAGAGGAGGUGGGCAUAGCUGAAGUGCUGUCAGACUCUGCUAUCUGGCUGCUGAGGAUUGACUUCACACUGGAGUUGCCACGCCCUCUCAUGCCUAAUAUCGUGCUAGUUGGCGGAAUCAACUGCAACGUGAGAAAUCCUCUGCCUGAAGAUUUGGAGUCCUGGGUGUCAGGAGAGCAUGGGUUUGUAGUGUUCACUCUGGGCACCAUGGUGUCAGAUCUGCCAGAAGAGACAACCUCCAUCUUCCUAGAAGCCUUCAGACGGAUUCCACAGAAGGUAAUAUGGAGGUACACUGGGCAAGUUCCCAAAAAUGUCCCAGAAAAUGUGAAGAUGAUGCAAUGGGUGCCUCAGAAUGACCUACUAGCGCAUCCUGGAGCUCGGGCUUUCAUCACUCACGCUGGCUCACAUGGUCUCUUUGAGGGACUGUGUCACGCUGUUCCCAUGGUGAUGGUGCCAAUUUCGGGGGACCAGCCUGACAACGCGCAGAGGUUGGCGAGCAGAGGAGCGGGAGUCGUGCUGGAUAUUUUUUCGAUCACUACAGAAAGCCUUCUCCAGGCACUGAAUGAGGUCAUCAAUGACCCCAGGUAUAGAGAGAAUGUGCAGAAGCUGUCAGCUCUCCAUAAAGACCGACCAGUUGACCCACUCGACCUUUCAGUGUACUGGACAGAAUUUGUGAUGCGGCACAAAGGGGCAAAACAUCUCAGACCUGCUGUCCAUGACCUCAACUGGCUCCAGUACUACUGCCUGGAUGUAGUAGUGCUACUGGCUACUGCAGUGCUGGUUUUUGUAAUAGUGACAGUAAAAUGCUUGAAACUAUGCCUCUGGAAGCUGAGCAGGAAGAGGAAGCAGGACUGACUUGUGCUACAUUUGCACCUUCAUCUCAGCAACAACACUGUCUGUUAAGGGAGAUUAAAAACUUAUCAUUAUCAUUAAAAUGUAAAAUACAGAAAAGUAAACUUGGUUAUGGUUUAAAGGUGUGACAGGGUGUAGGAAAAAUAAGGGAAGCGAUAAGAUGAUCAAAAAGACAUUUAAUAAACAGAAAAUACAGGUGUAAAUAAUAAAAUGAAUGAUGACUGAAUUCCAUUUAGCUGCUUCCGUUUCAGGGUCCUGGUAUAGUGCAUGCUUGUUUACUGUCAUGGCUUAAUGAGACACUUAUAUAGAACAGAACCACCAAUAAUGUUAUUAGUAACACCAGUGAUUUUCCCACUAUGACAAGUCAAAAGGCCCUAAAUAAACUAAAAUAAUUCAGCUUUUUGAGGUCGAUUUUGACUCAGGCCCCCUCCACAAGGUAUGGCCACAAAUGAUUGAUGUUGUAGGCUAAUUUCCAAACACAAUUACAAGUGAUCAAAAUACCAGAAAA